AUUAGAUUCAGUAAAGUGAGUCGGUGAGUGCGCGCUAGUCGGUCCGGUAUUGUGUGGAAUCAAGUCAAAUCGUUGGAUCGCUCUUUUGUUAUGUAAUUCACUCUCUCCUCUCUCCCUCCCUCACUCUCUCUCCCUAUUUCUUUCUCUCUCUCCUUCUUCUGUUUCUUCCUUUCGCGUUUUAUCUUUCUCCGGUCGUGUGGCUGUUUCGAUCCAUUGCAUUCGUAGAAAACGCUAUACAUCGCUGUAUUCGUCGAAUCUGUUUUUUUGAAUACCUGCGCCACAUUAUUCGGCGGGACAAAACAUAACUGGCUGUUGGGAUGGGUGCAUUAUUCAGGAGCGAGCAGAUGGCCCUCUGCCAGUUGUUUAUUCAACCAGAGGCGGCCUAUCUUUCCGUUUCCGAACUCGGGGAAACGGGCACGGUGCAGUUUCGUGAUCUCAACGGCGAUGUGAAUUAUUUUCAACGAAAAUUCGUCAACGAAGUGCGUCGAUGCGACGAGAUGGAACGGAAACUUCGGUACAUCGAAGCUGAAGUAAGGAAGGACGGAGUACCGAUUGCUGAUAACCUCACUCAACUACCACGGGCACCGAAUCCUCGUAUGAUCAUAGAUCUCGAGGCCCAUCUCGAGGAAACGGAGAACGACAUUUUAGAGCUGAGCCAAAACGCGGUGAACCUGAAGAGUAACUACCUCGAGUUGACGGAAUUGCGACACGUGCUCGAGAAGACUCAAAUAUUUUUCACGGAGAAGAAUCAAGAUUCGUAUCUUCUUCUAUAUCAACAGGAAGAGGCCAAUGACUCGAUCACCAGGACGCUAAUUAACGAGGAACCACAGAAUCCAAGCGCGUCAAGUCGGGGACGUCUCGAGUUCGUUGCUGGAGUAAUAAGCCGAGAACGAAUACCAGCUUUCGAGAGAAUGUUGUGGCGAAUAUCCCGUGGAAAUGUAUUUUUACGUCAAGCUGAGCUCGAUAAGCCAUUGGAAGAUCCAGCUACUGGUAAUCAAAUUUAUAAAACGGUAUUCGUCGCGUUUUUCCAAGGAGAGCAGCUGAAGAGCCGCAUCAGGAAAGUUUGCAGUGGUUUUCAUGCGUCUUUGUACCCAUGUCCGCACAGCCACGCGGAUCGCGAGGAUAUGGUGAAAGGCGUUCGAACGCGACUGGAAGACUUGAACUUGGUAUUAAAUCAAACGCAAGAUCAUCGUCAACGCGUGUUACAUAACGUUGCCAAGGAGUUACCCAAUUGGACGAUUAUGGUUCGAAAGAUGAAGGCCAUUUAUCAUACGAUGAAUCUGUUCAACGUGGACGUAACGAAAAAGUGCCUUAUAGGAGAAUGUUGGGUACCUGUUGCCGACCUCACCAUUGUCCGAGACUGUCUCACGGAAGGAUCGCGUCUCUGUGGUAGUACGAUACCAUCGUUCCUCAAUGUUAUCUACACAAACGAAGAUCCUCCGACGUUUAACAGGACCAACAAGUUCACCAGAGGUUUUCAAAAUUUGAUCGACGCUUACGGCGUGGCAUCGUAUCGCGAAGCUAAUCCAGCUCUUUAUACGAUUAUCACUUUCCCUUUCCUAUUUAGCGUCAUGUUCGGCGAUUGUGGACACGGUUUAAUUUUGAGCCUGUUCGCUGUAUAUAUGAUCGCGUUGGAGAAGAAGUUUAUGGCGCAAAAGUCAGCGUCCGAAAUUUGGAAUAUAUUUUUCGCCGGACGUUAUAUUAUCCUUCUUAUGGGUUUGUUUUCCAUUUACACUGGCAUCAUCUACAAUGACGUGUUCUCAAAGUCAUUUAACAUAUUCGGGUCUAGUUGGCAAAUAUCGUACGAAGAUACAAUCGAGGAAGAUGAUGUGAUUGAGUUGAAUCCAGCUACCAGUAAUUACGCGCAAGUGCCUUAUCCAUUGGGUAUGGAUCCUGUUUGGGUAUUAGCCGAGAACAAGAUAAUAUUUUUGAAUUCGUACAAAAUGAAGCUGUCGAUCAUCUUCGGUGUCGUGCACAUGAUCUUCGGCGUGUUCAUGAGUAUCCCUAAUAUUAUGCAUUUCAAGAGAUACUCGAGCUUAUUCCUAGAAUUCUUGCCACAGUUACUUUUCCUUGUUUUAUUAUUUUUCUAUCUGGUAGUUUUGAUGUUCGUUAAGUGGGUUUUAUAUAAUCCGGCUUCAACAGAUCAUAGAUACAGUCCUUCGUGCGCACCAUCGGUUUUGAUUACGUUUAUUAAUAUGAUACUGCAGGGUCACGCUACCGUGCCACUUGGUUGUUCGGAGUUCAUGUUCCCGGGUCAGUCUAUUCUUCAGAAUGUUUGCGUGAUACUCGCUGUGUUAUGUGUGCCUGUGAUGCUUCUUGGCAAGCCUCUUCUCUUCUUAUUCCAGAAGAAGCGACGAGAAGCGAGAGUCUUGGGCAAUGGGACUCCAUCUCAAGACAUCGAAUUGCAAACCGAAGGUUUACAAAAUAAUGUGGCUAUUAGUCAAGCCACCGAUGCUCACGAAUCGGAAACAUUCGGUGAAGUGAUGAUACACCAGGUUAUUCAUACUAUAGAAUAUGUUCUCUCAACGAUAUCUCACACUGCCUCUUAUCUACGUUUAUGGGCUUUGUCGUUGGCCCAUGGACAACUUUCCGAAGUGUUGUGGAAUAUGGUGUUACGCAAAGGUUUGGGUGCUACCGAGGAUAACUAUGUAAAAAGCGUUAUAUUGUUUUUGACAUUCGCUGCAUGGGCCGCAUUCACCGUCGCCAUCCUUGUGAUGAUGGAAGGGCUAUCGGCUUUCCUGCAUACCCUUCGGCUUCAUUGGGUAGAGUUUAUGAGCAAAUUCUACGAUGGCCAGGGUUAUCCCUUUCAGCCAUUCUGUUUCAAAACUAUCUUAGAUGCGGAAGAAUCCGAAGACUAAUAUCGGACCACUGCUGUGAUCCUCGGCAAUAACAAUUAUAAUUAGACAUACAUAUCCAUCGUGUUAAACGGAAAGACUUGUUUUUAUUUUAUGUAUAUAACCAGUUCAGCAGUAUCGAAUGAAAUACAGCGGAAAGAUGUGUCUGUUUUAGGAAAUUUCUAUCAGUAUGUUUGAGAGCAUUCUCAGAUUAACCGAUUGAUCGCGAUUUAAACGAUACAUCAAUCGUCGUAGGAACAACGUUUAAUCCAAGAUAGAUAGCCCGUAUCGUUUCUUAUUUAAUCGUAAACGAAUUGGACAACAGUAUUGCGACAUGUCUAACGUUAUUUACCAUUUACCGAUUCUUUUUGGAAGCUUGCAUCGUGUAUCGAACGUACGUAUAUACCUAAAUAUAUAGUAUAUAUGUAUCAUGUAGGUACUCGGUGUACGUUGGAAAAGCAAUUUCGAGAAAUGUAUAUCAAUGAUACGAUAAAUUAUGCUGUAAAUUCUGAUAGAACGAAACCUGAAGAGAUAACGGAAGAAUUUCGAUGGAUCGGUAGGUACCGAUUAAUAAAACGCAAAAAUUAAUCGAAUUAAUUUGAGGGAAUUUUUUGGAAUAUUCCGCUAAACAGAGGAAUAUCUAUAUUGUGCUUUCUCUGCGUAAAUUCUUUAAACAGUCUAAUAACAUCGAACACGUAAAUUCGUCGCUAGAAACUGAAGACAGUCGUUGGAUGAAACAGAUUUCUUAGGUCGAGUAACAUGUAAUUUCAUUCGUGUUUUUGUUAGAUCACAGCACGUUAAGUAUUAGCUGUUACGUUUCGUAUACGAUCCAUCUAUACUUGUAUAAUUAAGAAAUAAUUUAUUUGUCUUAUUUCUUCGUAAAUAUGUAUCCUUCGUGAAAAAUUGAAAAUACCUGUACUUGUACGUAGUAGGUGCCGUGACGUUCUUUAAAUAAUUUUUACAGCAUUCUACUAAAUAGGACAUAUACGGUGGCGAAAGUUUAUCGAUCGACCUUAUUCACGAAUCUAUCAAUCAGUCCCAGUAUUUUUAAAAAAGAGAAAUAUAUCGUCAAGUUUUCCUACUAAAAAUAUUUUUUCUAUUUUCUUAUUAAUGCGAUAGAAACUAGUCGAAGAAAAUCGUAGACGAGAUAAAGAGGGUAAUUUUUCUAAAUUCUACACCAAGGUAAUAAUACACGGUUAUUCGGAAGAGAAAUUCGUCUUGGAUCAACUAAGCAUAUCGUUGAUCGGUAAAUCGGUACACGUCUCGUUCAUUCCAUUGUUCAUUGUCAAAAUAUGACGAAACGGUAAAAGUAUCGCGUAACGUAAUACAAUAUCCAGCAUACUAUCUAUAUUCGCAUAAUAUUAUUAUGCUAGGAGUAUAUAUAAGCGGAGAGAAGAGUUGAAAUCUGAGAAGGAUGGCGGGAAUGUACAUUCUAUAUUACUAGAGUACAAAUUGUUGAGAGUGAUUGCGAGAAGUAUUGACCCUGCAACUAAUAAGAAAUGCCGAUCGUUAGAGAUACAUCCAAUAUAUUGUAGGUAUUAAUAUCCAAUGUAUCCAAUAUAACGUGGAAAAAGAAGAAAAAAAGCGAUGCAAAUAUAUAUUUUACCAAUA